UCCUGACCUCAGGUGACCCACCCACCUCAGCCUCCCAAAGUGCUGGGAUUACAGGCGUGAGCCUCCGCACCUGGCCAGUGGCACCUUGUUAUGGCCGCCUGAGCCUACUAAGGCAAGCCUGGGAAAAAGUAUUCCAUCUCGGGUGUACCCCAUCUCGUGCGUGCCCCACGGAGUUCCAGGCUGCCUGGUGCUCCAGGCACUCCUCUCUAAGGGAAGGGUGGAGGGGGUGCAGAGAUGGAGAACUUACCCGUUCUGGAGUGACACAUGAACCCAAGACCCAAUAAUUCCCAAAGGAAAGUGGGGGUGAAGCAGGGUGGGCUCCAGGCAGCACAGAGAGGUCAGGGACAGAAGUCGGAAGAGAUAAGGCGGGGAUGUCCCAAGAGCCAGGUUACCCAGGGCAUGGAGUUUGGACUUGGGGCUGGGGGUGCAGAGGGAGGCCCCAUACGGCAGUAUCAGAAUAGUUUUAGGAGACUCGUCCUGCUGCUUUGUGGAGGACAGCUUGGGGCAUGGGAGGGGCCAGGGAGGGAACCCAGUGCAGGUAUGAGGUGCCAGUGCUGCCGACCCAUCACAAACCUCCCCCUCAAAGAACACAUCUGCCUGGCAGAGUUCCUAAGCCUCGAGCAGCUGCCAGGAGACUCAUUUCGAUUAGGACACACGUCUGGAGGCCACCCCAAGGUGGCUGGGGACAGAAUGGGGCAGGAGGCCCUGCAAUUCCAGGGUUGCCCAGGCACUGAGAAUCCUGGCUCUCAUCAUAAUGGCCUGAGGUUCUGGGGACAAUCUGAGUGGCGGCUCUGAGCAAGCUGAGCCCAGGGAGGCUUUGAGGUACACAGGGUCCCUUGGGGGGCCUGAGAGCAGCCAUGAGGAGGCACAGUGAGACAGACGUGGAGGAGCAGACCCAGGAGCUGAAGGCCAUCACUCAGCUCCAGGAGCAGUGUCGGGCACUCCAGAUCCAAGCGGGGAAAGAGAAUACAGACCAGAACAAGGCCACGCUGGCCCUCCUGCGCAGCAACAUCCGCCACGGGGCCCAGGACUGGGCUUUGGCCAAGAAGUAUGACCAGUGGACCAUCUCCAAGGCCUGCGGGAAAAACUUGCCUUUGCGACUGACGCACUGCCGCAGCACCAUGGAGGUGGUGCGGGAGAAGCUGCGCAAGUACGUCUUCGACCGCGUGAAGAUGCACAACCUACUGAUCCACCUGGUGCGGCGGCGCGGGCAGAAGCUGGAGAGCAUGCAGCUGGAGCUGGCCAGCCUGCGGAGCCAGCCCGACGCCAGCAAGGAGGAGCUGCGGCUCCUGCAGAUCAUCCGCCAGCUGGAGAACAACAUCGAGAAGACAAUGAUCAAGAUCAUCACCAGCCAGAACAUCCACCUGCUGUAUUUGGACCUGCUGGAUUAUCUGAAGACAGUGCUGGCAGGAUACCCCAUCGAGCUGGACAAGCUGCAGAACCUCGUGGUCAACUACUGCUCAGAGCUGUCGGAUAUGAAGAUCAUGUCCCAAGACGCCAUGAUGAUCACAGAUGAGGUCAAGAGGAACAUGAGGCAAAGGGAGGCGUCCUUCAUCGAGGAGCACCGGGCAAGGGAGAACCAGCUCAACCAGCAGAAGAAGCUGAUUGACAAGAUCCACACGAAGGAGACCAGCGAGAAGUACCGCCGGGGCCAGAUGGACUUGGACUUCCCCUCGAACCUGAUGAGCAUGGAGGCCCUGAAAUUGAGGAGGAAAGAGACCUCCACGGCAGAAAUAGAAUACCAGGCUGGCGUGACUGCUGUGGUGGAGAAGGUCAAGAGUGCCGUACAGUGCUCUCACGUCUGGGACAUCGCUGGCCGCUUCCUGGCCCAGAGGAACACGGAGGAGAACCUGGAGCUGCAGAUGGAGGAGUGUGAGGAGCGGCGGGUGCAGCUCAAGGCCCUGGUGAAGCAGCUGGAGCUGGAGAAGGCUGUGCUCAAGUUCCGCCAGAAGCCUAGCUCCAUCAGCUUCAAGUCCAUUGAGAAGAAGAUAACAGACAUGCUAAAAGAGGAAGAAGAGAGGCUCCAGCUCGCGCACAGCAACAUGACCAAGGGCCAGAAGCUGCUGCUGACCAUCCAGAUGGGCAUCGACAACCUCUACGUCCGGCUGAGGGGCAUUACCUUGCCUGCGACCCAGAGAGAAGUGGUGCUCUCCGACGCCCUCGAUUUGAACAGCAAGCUGGCGUACUGCGAGGGGAAGCUCACGUACCUGGCUGACAGAGUGCAGAUGGUGUCCAGGACCGAGGAGGGCGACACAAAGGUGAGGGACGCCCUGGAGUCCUCCACUCUGAAGGAGAAGUACAACACCAGGAUCAGCUUUGAGGACCGGGAGGAGGAUAUGAUCGACACCUUCCAGUUCGCCGACGUGGACCACAGCUACGUCCCUUCGCGCGCCGAGAUCAAGAGGCAGGCGCAGCGGCUGAUCGAGGGGAAGCUCAAGGCGGCCAAGAAAAAAAAGAAGUAGCCCCGCCGCCCCGCUCCCUGCUUUGUUACACAAAUAAACAUUUUUCGGGGAC